UUUUGAUUAUUUGAAAUAAAUUAUUAUCGUUAGAAACGAAAUGACUCCAGAUAAUUUUUUGGAUCAAAUUCGCCAUACUUAUGUUGAACAGAUUUCUGCAUCAUCUUUUUCACCAUCCAUCGUUAGUAAACUUGAAAUUGAUCAAUAUCUUGAAAACCGAUUAUGGCCAGAAUAUGAUGAAUCAAAUUGUGAUUGUAAAGAAUUAAUCAUGUCGAUUGUUGCCAUGGUUAAUCAAAAAUUUCGUGAAGGUGUUGGAUCAUGGCAAACGUUCGAACAAAAUCCCGCUCAUUUUCCACUAUUUUUUCGACAUACUGCUCGUUUGAUGCUCAAUACAGAAUGCUCGCUAACAUCUCGAGAAAAGAUUGCCUUGAUGGUUUUUUUGAUUCGAUGUUUCAACAGUAUCGAAGUGGAACUGAUACGAUGUUCGAUACAAAAAUAUAUUUCAAUGCCCAUUUGGUCCUGUUUAUCAUCGGCUCGUUUAGAAUAUGAAUUCAAAAAAGUGCCGAAAUUGAAAAAAUUUUGGAAAAAAAUUGAAAAAUCUGAUCAAAGUUUAUCAGAACAAGAACGUGAACAAGUAAUGUUUGAAAGAAAAUUUCUCUAUAAUCUUAUAUAUGAUUUCUAUAAAUGUCUAAAUGAAAUUCCGCCAGUGGAAAUUAAACCGAAACUAAAUCGACAAGAAAUGGAUUUAAUACGUUAUUCGGAACGAUUCUUGGAAUUUUUGAUCGACAUUGAAUCAUUAUUACCAACAAGACGAUUUUUUAAUGCUGUCAUCGAUGAUUUACAUGUCAUCACUGUGGCACGAUUAUCAAUGUUGGCUAAACGACCAAACGAAGGUCGAUUAUUCAAUCAAUUAUUGGAUAUAUUACGAUUUUAUGUCAAAUUCGAAAUCGAUGAUGUCACUGGCGAAGCAUUGACUGAUGCACAGAUUGCAUCACAACAUUUUGAAAAGUUGACCAAUUUACAGAAAAAAAUUUUCAAAUUAUUCACCGAUAUUGAUGAAUAUCGACCGCUAUUCUUGGCCAGUGUAGCAUCAAUUGAUAAUCGAAAAAAAUUAUUGGAAUAUUUUUCACUAAUUAAUGAAGAACGAUUGAUCACGCUUUGUCAUCAUUUGGAAAUCGGCUUAGAUAACAAUGAACAAAUCGAUAAGAUUUGCAAUUAUUUUCAUAAUCUAACUCGAAGAGAUAUAUUGCUAGAAAUAUUGGUUGAUCGUUAUCAACGGCAUGAUUCACAAAUGAAAUCAUUAAACCAGAUGCCAUUAUAUCCAAGUGAAGAAAUUAUUUGGGAUGAGAAUCUUGUUCCAUCUAAAUAUUAUUCUGGCGAUUAUUGUUUAGCUUUACCUAAAUUGAAUAUACAAUUCCUCACUCUACAUGAUUAUCUGCUAAGAAAUUUUCGUCUAUUUCGUCUAGAAUCAACAUACGAAAUACGUCAAGAUAUUGAAAAUGCUGUUGCACAUCUGAAACCAUGGAAAACAGAAGAUGGCGAUGUUAUGUUUGGCGGUUGGUCACGAAUGGCCAUUCCUAUUGAUUCAUUUCAUAUUACUGAAAUUGGCUCAGCCAGAAUCGGUGAAGAUAAACCAAGCCGUGUACGUGGUGAAAUUAUAGUCAAUUUAAAUGUUAAAAAAUCAAUUAAAGCUGAAUGGGAAUCACUUCGUAAGCAUGAUGUUUGUUUUUUGAUAUCUGUUCGGCCAGAAACUAAACCAGGAACACCAUAUAAUUACAAUGAACCAUUCAUUCCACAAGUUGGCCUUACAUAUGUACGUGGUUGUGAAAUUGAAGGAAUGCUCGAUGUACAAGGAAGAUUAGUGGAUGAAACACUUGGUGAACGUCCACAAUUCGAUACCGAUUAUCGUACAUAUCGUGUUUUACUCGAUACAAAUCAGUUUAAAAUCGAUAAUCAAGACAGUAAUAAAUUCAAUGAUAUUUAUGAUUCAUUCAAUAUUUUGGUACGACGUAAACCAAAAGAGAAUAAUUUUAAAGCUGUAUUGGAAACAAUACGUGAUUUAAUGAAUAUCAAAUGUGUAGUGCCAGAAUGGUUACAUGAUAUACUUCUUGGUUAUGGUGAUCCAAAUGCUGCUUAUUAUUCCAAUAUUGCUACGAAUAAUAAUCAAUUUAAGCGAUUAGAUUUUUUCGAUACAUUUCUGGAUUAUGAUCAUAUUAAUGAAUGUUUUCCAUCAUAUCAAAUCACUGUCAAUGGAGAAGAUUCUCAUUCAACCAACGCUGCACCACCGUUUAGGCUAUCUAUUGAUGAUGAAGCAAAGAAAAUAUCUGUAUUGCCAUACAAGAUUCCAAGUCGUGGACCAUAUGUAGAAGAACAGCCUAAAUGGAAUCGUAUACGAUUUACAUCCACACAAGUUGAAGCUAUUCGUUCAGGAAUUCAGCAUGGUUUAACCAUGGUUGUUGGACCACCUGGGUCCGGUAAAACCGAUCUAGCCGUACAGAUUAUCAAUAAUCUAUAUCAUAAUCAUCCGGAACAACGGACAUUGAUUGUAACACAUUCGAAUCAAGCAUUAAAUGCUAUGUUUGAGAAAAUAAUGGCACUCGAUAUUGAUGAAAGACAUCUAUUACGACUUGGUCAUGGUGAAGAAACAUUGGAAACGGAAAAAGAUUUUAGCCGAUAUGGUCGUGUUAAUUAUGUACUUGGGAAACGUUUGCAAUUGUUGGAUAUGGUUGCAAAAUUGGCCCAAUCAUUAGAUCUUGCUGAUGAUGUUGCAUAUACUUGUGAAACGGCUCGUUAUUUCUAUCUUUAUCAUGUAUUAUCCAAAUGGGAAGCUUUCCUAUACGAAAUUAAUGAUCCAACCAAAUUAGGCCAUAAUGAUUCAACUACUAAUGAUAAUCGAUCAGCAAAAAUUAUUGAAGAAACAUUUCCAUUUCAUAAAUUUUUCUCCAAUGUUCAAUGUUUAUUUCAUGGCAAAUCAUUUGAAGAAGAUUUCGAAAUUGCAAAAGGUUGUUUUCGUUAUUUGAAAAAAAUCUUCACACAAUUGGAUGAAUUCCGUGCAUUUGAAAUAAUGCGUUCAGGUAGUGAUCGUGCUAAUUACCUUUUGGUAAGAGAAGCAAAAAUUAUUGCCAUGACCUGUACACAUGCAGCAUUGAAACGUAAAGAAUUAGUAAAUCUGAUGUUUCAAUAUGAUAAUGUUAUGAUGGAAGAAGCGGCACAAAUACUCGAGAUUGAAACAUUCAUACCAUUAUUAUUACAAAAUCCCGAUCUUGGUCAUAAUCGUUUAAAACGUUGGAUUAUGAUUGGUGAUCAUUUACAGUUACCACCUGUAAUUAAAAAUAUUAGUUUUCAAAAAUUUAGCAACAUGGAACAAUCAUUAUUUGCCCGAUUUGUGAGGCUUGGUGUACCAACCAUUUAUUUGGAUUCACAAGGACGUGCACGACCAUCAAUAUGUCGACUAUACAGUUGGAAAUAUAAAAAUCUUAAAGAUCUCAAACAUAUCAAUGAAUUACCGGAAUAUCAAUUUCCAAAUCCAGGUUUUCUCAAUGAAUAUCAAUUGAUUAAUGUGGAAGAUUUCAAUAAUAUUGGCGAAUCUGAACCAUUACCAUACUUUUAUCAGAAUUUAGCUGAAGCUGAAUUUGUUGUGGCAACAUUCAUGUAUAUGCGUUUAUUAGGAUAUCCAUCGGAUAAGAUUACAAUAUUGACCACAUAUAAUGGACAAAAACAUCUUAUACGUGAUGUUGUUGAACAACGUUGUGCCAAAAAUCCAUUCAUUGGAAGGCCGAAUAAAGUGACCACUGUUGAUAAAUUUCAAGGACAACAGAAUGAUUAUAUUCUUUUAUCAUUGGUACGAACAAAAACUGUUGGCCAUAUUAGAGAUGUUCGUCGUUUAAUAGUGGCAAUGUCUCGUGCUCGUCUUGGAUUUUAUGUAUUUUGUCGUCAAAAUCUAUUUACAUCAUGUCUGGAAUUACAACAAACAUUUGCUUUGUUAAGUAAAUAUCCGAAUCAAUUACAAUUGAUACCGAAUGAAAAUUAUUCAAAAAGAUUUUCAAUCAUACGUAAUGAUUCGAUGAAAAAAGAAACUAUUAUCAUUGAUGAUAUGCCUAAAAUGGUACAAUUUGUAUUUGAUUUCUAUAAAAAACAAGUACAAACAAUACGUGAACAAGAUCCUGAAUUGUUCGAAUCAAUUGUUAAUCCGAAUCGACAACAACAACAAAAAGAUGAUGAUGAUGAUGAGCCUGAACAAGAUGUAGAUGAUGAUGGAAUCAAUGAAAAUAAUGAAGAUUUACCAUUUGAAAAAAUUACUGAAGAGGAUACUGGUAUGAAUGAUGAUGAUGAUGAUGAUGAGAUCGAUGAGUCGAUGGAUGUCGAUAUGGAUGAUGAUAAUGUUAAUAAUAAACCACAAUCUCCACAAUCUGAAGAUAAGAAACAAGAAGAAGAAGAAAAAGAAAAAAAUUGAGCGGAAAAUUUUUUUAUACUUGGCCACAAAAAAAAAUUUUUGUUUGCUAUUGUGUAUCCUAUGUCGACAUUGUGUUGAGAACAAGUGUAGAUCUCAUUUUGAUCACAUCAAUGUAAUUUUUUUUUAUUUCCUUUUUUUUCUUUGUAUACAACCACACGAUUCACAUUUCAAAUGGAUGAUCUUGAUAUUCAUCUUGAAUGCUUUUUUGAUUGUCAUUCACAUUCAUUUUUUAUUUUCACAAGCUCCAUAUAAAUGUUUGGCAUCCAAACACAAUCAUCAUAGAUAAAUGUCAUCAUGUUGAAUUUAAAUUUUUCUUUUAUCAUCAAUCUUAUUGCUGUAUUCAUUUUUGUUUUACUUAUUUUCAUUUCCAAUGAGUUCAUUUGUGAAUCAUCUGUCUGAUAAUAAAUAAAAUAAA